UGGCUAGGGUUCUGAGCUCGAGGGGUCGAGCCUGCCCGCGCAGGCAGAAGCGCGCGGUCGGAGGCGGUUGGUGGCCCCUGGCGGUCGUGAGCCGGCCGCUUCGGCAGGCGCUGGGAUGUCGAGGAGCUCGAAGGCGGUGCUGGGUUUGUCGGUGGUGCUGACGGCGGCCACCGUGGCCGGCGUGCACCGGAAGCAGCGGCAGGACCGGCAGAGGCUUCAUGAUGGAGUGAUCAGAGACAUUGAGAGGCAAAAUCGGAAAAAAGAAAACAUUCGUCUUUUGGGAGAACAGAUUAUUUUGACUGAGCAACUUGAAGCAGAAAGAGAGAAGACAUUAUUGGCAAAAGGAUCUCUAAAACGUUGACUUGAAGUGAAUGUGAAAUAUCAGUGGG